CAUUAUAUUGAUCUUCGUUAUCAUUUUGGUUGAAUUCUUGUGUGGUGUUAUGAACAUUACAGACCAAGUUUGGCAACUAUUGUCUUGCCAAGACAAUAGCAGAAACUGAAGCUUUGAAGUAUGCAAAGAAAAGUGAUUGAAAUUCAUUACAGUUUGUCCAUCUAUUGUUUUUGGUCCUUGUGACUUUUGACAAGCGUAUGAAUUGUACUUCAUCUUUGUGUAGGUGUUGUUCUAUGUGUUUUUGGUUUUGUCACGUAUGUCUAGCUCAGUAUUUUGUGUAGGUGCUGAUUAUUAGAUGUGUUUGUUUUUACUGAUGUGCUUUGUGAUAUCCCGUACCCAAGUGUGAAGUUUACUUGCUUUUUUUUAAUCUUUCAGCUAGACUUUUUAAUUAUUUUAUUCUUAUCUUUCAUUUUUAUUGUGGUACUAAUUCUCUUGUUAGAAUUUCUGUUAUAUAUAGAUAUGGUUAAUAAAUUUAUGUUUUUACUUAAGUGGAUUUAUUUUGUUUCUUUAAGUUAAGAGAUAAGGAGGGCUGGAGGUUGCUGACGAAAGAAGAGAAGGAAACAGCAGGAAAAAGAGAAGAAGAAGGGGGAGAAAGAGAAAAGAAACAGGAGAGGGAGGAGGAGAAAAGCAAGGGAAUUAGAAAGAAAGGAAGACGGGGGAGAAGGAAGCAGAAUUGUUUAGGAAACAAGGGAGAGGGAAAGAGAGAUUUGUAGCUGUGAGAAACUAAGAAAGGAGAAGAGCAAGUGUUAUCAGGAAGUUUGGGAGAAGAAAAUUCGUUUUUGGGUGUUGUUGCUGUCUUGCGUUUUUGAGAGAGAGAGAGAGAGAGUUGGAUAGUUUGGGGUUUUUGUUAAAGGCUGCGACUUGUGUACUUCCGAUUCUGAGGGUAGUAAAGCUAGAGGGAUUCUAUUUUUGUUUCAGAAGUGAAAAGCUUUCUUUUGAGUUGUGUACUGUCUUUGUUUGCUUUGCCUUACGGUGAAUGCUUCUAUUUCUGAAUUUGUGUUUCUUCUCUUGAUAUUAUGUUCUUAUUGAUUAUUCAUAAUAGUAUGUUGUUUUGAGGCUGCCUUAUUAAUUGGGUAAUUCAUUUGUGAAAUUUGAGUAUAUGAAUAGCGAUGUGGUUGUUCUGUGCUUCUGGUGGUUUGAUUUUGUAUCUAUUAUUGUCGUACUGUAUAGGUGGCUUUCCUUUUAAAUGUACUGGAUUUCUUAAACCAACUUGAUUUACUGAAUGUUUUCUAUUUCUGUUCUAUAGAUUGAAAUCACUACACCAAUAUUCUUUAAAUUGUGAUCAGCGUAUGGCUCUCAAAAGGUUGAUAGAUGUAAGUAUGGGUGUUAUAACGCCAUUGUCAGAGCAGCUUACGAAACCAUUACCAAAUGCCAUGGUUCUGGUAAAUUCAAAGGAAUUAUCAACUGGUGCAUACAAGCUUUUUCCAGAAGGUACAGCUUGUUACAGAUUUUCGAGUACUUAUACUUGAUUGAACUUAAUGUUAUCAUAGUAUUGCAAAGGUAUAAAUGUUUUACCGGUGGCCUUUGACGUUAAUUGAUAGCUACCCCUUUUAAGAGGGUCUAUUUCCAUCUAAAGAUAUAAAAGGCUCUGUGUUGGGGGGAAUGCUACCCUGAUCAUAUAUAGCUUGCAAUUCUUAUCAUGUGAAUCAGUAGAAGGUUUCUUCCCAAUCAAUUUAGGCGUCCCAAUGCUCAUGGAGGCCUUCAUCGCCCUAAUAACUCAACCCUUCAACCUCUCUCUAAUCGCUACCAGAAAUUCUCAGCCCGAAUCCGAGCUUCGCCUUUAGAGGAGUGGGAAGGCAGGUUGAAUAUUGGCAUGUCCAACAAUGUGACAACUUCCAUUUGAGAGUUUAUCCGAGAGAUGGCCAUCGGUAGAACCAAAACUACUGAUAGAGCGGAUCGUGCUACUGUUGAGAAGGUCUUCGAUUUCAGAACCAAGUUCAUUAUAUACAAGUUGAUGGGCCGUGAUGUAUGCAAAGAAAUAAAUGGCUGCAUUUCCACUGGGAAAGAAGCAAAUGUUUAUCAUGCAACCAAUUCUGAUGGCCAGGAACGGGCAAUCAAAGUGUUCAAAACAUCUGUUUUGGACUUUAAACGCGGAUACUGCAAGAACAAUCCCAGGAAAAUGAUGAAGACAUGGGCUGAGAAAGAAAUGAGGAAUCUGAAGAGGCUUUAUGAGUAUCUGGGAGACAAUUAUCUAAACUUUCCUGUAAUACACCAUAUUCAGUUUCCAAGUGGAAUUCAUAGAUCAUAUUGUUCAAAUAAAGGAUGGUGCAUAGUUGGUGCUGGGAAGGCAGGUGGAGAGCUAGAUUUGAUCCCACAUCCCACCACUUCCUGAUAUUAGUCCUGAUUUCUCUCAAGUAUUAUGUACCAAUUCAUUAUCAAAGAUUCAAAGUACUAGGUCGAUCAUUUUACUUUUGGGUUUAGUGAACAUAUGCCACUUUGGCGUUUAGGUUUCAUGAUUUUGUGGAACAAUGACUAAUAUGAAUGCAUCUUGGUGGAUCCAUUUGAUGA